AUGACGGUCCAUAACCUUGGCAGCAAGCCCGAAUUUCAAUCGGCCAUCAACGACAACAAGAUCGUAGUCCUUGAUGCCUUUGCUACCUGGUGCGGCCCCUGCAAGGUCAUUUCGCCCAAAGUCGUAGAAUUCUCACAACAAUUCCCCGAUGUCCAUUUCGUCAAGAUCGACGUCGAUGAGGUGCCAGAUGUUGCCCAGGAACUCGGUAUCCGCGCCAUGCCUACAUUCGUCAUCUUCAAGAACGGGGAGAAGGAGGCUGAGGUCGUGGGCGCGAACCCGAAGGCGUUGGAGGCUGCUAUUGCCAAGGCUAGCUCUGAGUAA